ACUGCACGCUUUGAUCAAUCUACACCUUUCUUCACAGCUAUUCUUAUUUCUCUCUAUAUAUUUGCACAGGGAAAGUACAUAGUGUGCUUUGAUCCACUCGACGGCUCCUCCAACAUUGACUGUCUUGGGUCAAUCGGCUCCAUAUUCAGCGUCCUUCGUCGACCAGAGACCGAUGAUCCCGAACAAUUCAUUGAUGUUCGACUGGCUCUGCAGACUGGACGGAACAUUGUUACAGCCGGAUAUGCACUCUACGGCAGUGCGACGGCGAUGGUGCUAUCCGUCGGCCAUGGGGUGCACGGAUUUAUGCUUGACCCGUCAUUGGGCGAAUUCAUUCUGACGCAGCCUAACAUGAUCAUUCGGCAGCGUGGUGACAUUUACUCCCUGAAUGAAGGUUAUGCCAGCUUCUGGCCAACUGCAGUCACCGAAUAUGUGAACUCGAAAAAGUUCACUAAGGCAAGUGAACUCAUGCCCUGUGGCAAUGGAUCAUCUCGAAUAAAAUAA